AUGACCGUCCUACCAGAGCAACUUGCCAGCCUCUUCACCCUGCCUGUGGGUCGGGAAAGGCUGCAAAACAAAACCGCCUCGAACCAGGUGGAGAUUCUCAACAAUCGCAAACUGGCAAAUGCUUCCAUCACACAGGUUCUAAUAGACUAUUUCUUUUCAUGCACUGGCACUUUAUUCUACAUUUUCUCUCAGGACGAUGCGGCCGAACUGUUCCGAUCUGUCUAUAUGAAUCCCGAGGGUGCUACAAAAGCGUCACUGGGUGCACUAUGUGCCCUGGCGUCUGUGGCCAGCCAAUACGACGAUGCCAAAAUCGACAGGUCUUUAAGACAGUCGUACUAUGAAACAGCGAAAUUCUAUCUAGACGAGUGUAUUGAAGAGGACGAAGUGCUGGGCAUGCGCGUCCUAUGCUGCUUGGCCAUAUAUUGUGCCAUGGACAAACGCCUGACCGCGUGGACAUGGACAUUGACUGGCUUGAAAUUGGCGAGGCUUCGGGGACUCCACCUCGAUCGACCUCCUCCCUCUACAUCGCCCGAAGAGUGGAUUGCGCAGAGAAAGGUCUUUAGGACCUUGAUAUUCCUGGGCUGUUGGUUCGCCUCGACCCUCGGCAGAAGCCCCGAGAUUGUGGAGGCCUUCCAACCAGGGUUUGAGGAGUCGUUCACAGUGCAAGAGGACCAUCCGCUCUUCGAAUCCGUCGCACAAGAACAAAUGACAUCCAUUGGCGUGCUCACGACUGGCGUACUCCGAAACGUCUUUUUACCCAAAGAGCUCAGUCUCAUCGCUACUCGAGAAUACAAACUCAAGAUUGUUGAUUGGUUAAGCAAGCUUCCUCCGAUCAUGCAACUAGAGUCACUGGUUGAUAAUCAAUACCUGACAGUGGUACAAAGACGAAGCAUCUUCCUCGUCCAUCUCAACUAUCUUGGAGCACUGCUCCUGCUCUAUCGUCGUCAUGCCAUCUACCUUUCCACCAUGCAUAAGGGCGAUUUGUGGGAGCUCGACGGAGACGUUGUCGAAGCAUUGGGCUAUGCCAAGGAUGCGCUUGACGUGGCCACGCAGUCCUCACGAAUCUUCGCCCUUCUUCUCUCCGAGAAAGCCCUUUUCAAGCGCUGCUGGUUGGCGAUUUACCAGUCUUUUAGCGCAUGCACCAUGUUGCUCUUCCACGUCGCCCAGAAGCAGCUUCACGGAGCAACUCCCGCCGAGUGCGAGGAAGAGCUUUCCAGCGCAGAAACUUGCCUCGACACUCUAAAAUACUGCGCAGAAGGCGAUGUUGUUGCCAGAGGCUAUCAUGACAUGCUCGUUUUCUACUUCCAUGCUUUGAAAGCUUCGCACGAUAAUUCCACCACGGGGACAGCCCGUGAUACAGCAAUGCAAGACGGAGUGGACGGAGUGGACGGAGUGGACGGAGUGGACGGCGAGGAACGGCCGUCAGCAGAUGGCCCUUCCCGUCCCCAAAAGGAGCCAACCCCGGACAAGGUUGCAGAAGAUGUUUCCAAUACCUUCAACCAGGCUUUUGAGCAGGGCUGGCGUGAUGAACUGGUGCCUGCCUCCCUGGUUUCAGAUUUUGUCCGUCGCGAGAUCCCAGAAGUUGCCACAGGCUCUCAAUCUAGGGCCUAUCGCGACACUGCUAUCUAUCCGGACGCGCCGGUCUUUGGCGGCCCGUUUCAAUGGUCGGCAAAUUCAAUUCCUCGGGCUUAA